AUGGCCGACGCACAGCCUCCAACUGCACCCUCCGGUGUCCCCGCUCCCUCGAUCCCAGCUUUCGCAGACGCACCUCCGAAACCCAAUUCGGAAAUGGCCGAGACCAACGGCAUGGGCUCUGCCCCAAUUGCAGAUCUUGCUGCUGCCUCCGCGACUCAGGUGCGCCCCGGUGGUGCUCCAGCACGCGUGUACAUGAACGAAAAGAUCAUUCCAUACUUGCUCGAGGGCAUGAAAUCUGUGGCAAAGGACCAGCCUGCAAAUCCCCUCCGCGUGCUCGGAGAGUUUCUGAUCCAGAAAAGCAACGAGGUGGAAGGUGACGCGAACGGAAAUUAG